CUAAAUAAAUGAACUGGUUCGAUCGCGUUCUACGGCGGCGGCGCACGCGAGCAAGGUAUCCUCACAAGAGCAUACUUCGGGUUGAUCAAUCAUGUCAAUUCGAUAUACAAGCUUGAGGUGGGUUUUGAGUUUUUACUCUGGCGUUCUGCUUUGUUUCCCUCCGUGUGCUUCAUUUAACGACGUCCAAAUUCUCUUCGACUGUUCGGAUCUCCAUAUCGUUCUCCCAAACAUCACUUCCCCACUUCCAUCACAAAUACACCUCAUCCUCCCCUCCCUUCCUCUUUCCCAAUAUUCCACGAACCCAUUAUCCUUCCCAAGCCUUCAGCUAACCCCCUCCACCCAGAUCCGCAUCGCAUACGAAUGGACAGAAGACUCUGUCAUCAAGUACCUCUGGUCCGCAGCUGGAUACGGGCUGAUAGCUGUGCCGCUCAUUAUAACAAGGAAACAUCAUCGUUCUCGUGUCGCGGAUGGAGAAGAUAAAGGUGGUGAAAUUGGUGAAGGAUGGGAGCAGAAGGAUGCGGAUCGCGUCGUUGUCGCUAGAAUGGAAACAUACACCUCCAACCGUCGUCUCCUCUCACUCCCAGAUUCAGGCGGGAGACUCAUGUAUGCGUAUAAAGAUUUGCAAGAGGUUGCUGGAUUGACUGGCCGACAUCGACGUAGGCGUUCCUGAUUAUCUCUUUGCGUCUACACCGCCCCAGCUUGAUUUUCCUCACACCUCUGGCUCAUCGCAGACUCAGACCUCGUACCCACCCGAAACACAGACACAAACGCGGACCCAACCAC